AUGUUGUAAUAUGGGCUUGCAAUGCCAACACCAUGCCCUCCUAUAUAAAGAUGGGAUGAGUACGCUUCAUUGACAACAAAGCCAAAUUACUACUGGUCACGAGGCUAUUAUAUUCUUAACCCUAGAAAUGCAACAAAAAUAUCAUAAGUACGCUUCUCUAACCAAGUUAGAUGAUCAAGUUCUUCAAAACAAGACCUUGGUGUUUAAUGUAGAAGAGACACUAUUGAAAUCAUUUUCAAUGUUUUCUUACUUCAUGUUAGUAGCUUUUGAAGGUGGAGGGCCACUAAGAGCCCUAAUCUUGCUCUUUCUAUACCCAUUUAUGUGUAUCUUGAAAGAGGAAAUGAGGUUAAAAUCCAUGGUUUUUAUUUGCUUUUUUGGCAUCAAAAAGACAAAAUUUAGUAUUGGAACAACUGUUUUGCCAAAGUUCUUCUUGGAAAAUGUUGGUGAUGAAAGCUUUGAAGUGGUAAUGAGGUUUGGUAGAAAGGUGGGUGUGACUAAUUUACCGAGGAUUAUGGUUGAAGGAUUUCUCAAUGAUUACUUGGGUGUUGAAGACAUUGUUGGGAGAGAGAUUAACGUUGUAGGUGGAUAUUACACCGGGUUGCUUGAUGUAGUAGUAAAUGAUGAGCAAGAAACGACCUUUGCACAUAUAAUGUCUCAAAGUGAAAAAGUUGGAAUUUCUUGCAACAACAAAUGUUGCCAGACUCCUCAUGAUCCCUUCAACUAUUGCAAGGAUAUUUAUGUGGUGAGCAAGGAUGAUAAGGAGAGGUGGAACAAUCUUCCUAGAGACAAGUACCCCAAACCUUUGUUAUUUCAUGAUGGUAGGCUCGCAUUUAUGCCCACACCAAUAAACACCCUAGUUAUGUUUAUUUGGCUACCAUUUGGGUUUAUCCUAAGCAUCUCAAGAGUAUUCAUUACAAUUCUAUUACCUUACCAACUAUCCACGCCAAUCUUAGCCUUUAGUGGACUAAGAUAUCCUUCAUCAAUGCCUCUUUCUUCAAAACACAUCUAUAUGCAAAAUACUACUACUAGUAGCACAAAUAAAAAUUCCAAGGGCAUGAUAUAUGUAUGCAAUCACAAAACCGUACUCGACUCUAUCUACAUCUCAUACAUUUGUAGAAUGAAUAGCACUGUGCUUUCCUACGGCAUAAGCAAGUUGUCUGCAUUUCUAUGUCCGGUAUACACAAUUGCCUUAACAAGGAACAGGGAGAAAGAUGCCGCGAUUAUGCACAAGGUGUUGAGCCAAGGGAGAAAUAUUGUGAUUUGCCCAGAAGGGACAACAUGUAGGGAGCCUUAUUUACUAAGGUUUAGUCCCUUGUUUGCACAAAUUAGUGAUGACAUUAUACCGGUUGCAAUUCAACUUAACGUUAGCAUGUUCUAUGGGACAACGGCGAGUGGGAUUAAGGCGUUUGAUCCUUUCUGCUUGAUGAUGAACCCAUGGCCUUCCUACUAUGUGCAAUUCCUUGAGAAGUUGCCUAAGGCUUGGACUUGUGGGAGUGGUGGGAGGACUAAAUUUGAAGUGGCAAAUUAUGUUCAAGAUGUUAUUGGUAAGGCAUUAGGGUAUAAGUGUACUGCCUUGACAAGGAAGGACAAGUAUCUAAUGUUAGUGGGAAAUAGCGGAGUUGUCAAUUAGGGGUAUAGGGUGUUUAAUUGAUCCUUUACUGCAUUAGAUUUCGAAAAUAAUAGCUUGUCACGUAGGGUGUAAUUGUGCCAGAAGUAAAUUAAUAAUCGUUCUACCAUGUAGGGUGUAAUUGUGCCAGAAGUAAAUUAAUGAUCGUUCUACCAUGUAGGAUGUAUGUUAAGGUUCAUUUCGGCCAUGUAAGAAUUUAUAUAAUAUAAAUUAUAAAAAAGAAAAUGUAUUUUCUAAUAACUACGUAGAAUAUGGUAUUUGGGUAUUGUUGUAUUUAAAAUAUAGGGUAGCAAACUGUCAUAUUGUCUUCUUCAAGAUGAAACUCUUAGUAUAUAGUAUCUUUCGUGUGUAAUGAAACACC